UGCGACACCGCACCAAGCCCGUCACCUCCUGGGCUCGUAUUCUUCGUUUUCUCGGUUUUUGCCUUUCCCCUCGCCCAAUAUGCGAGAGGGCGGUAUACCCUCUCUCGAUUGGAUUUCUCUCAUCAAGGUUCUCACAUAUACUCGUUGAUGCCUGAUUGUCUGCAUGUGCUUGACAUGUGAUGAAGUGCAUUUUUCAUUUUGUUUUGAGCUCCUGGAGUUGCAAGUGUGCAUGCAUUUGAACUCCAAUUUCAAGGACAGAACAUCAGUUGCAAGUUUACAUGCAUUUGUCUCCAAUUCAAAUGACUGAGCAUCGUCUUUCUUGUAAAUAACCUGAUAAAUAUGAGGUUAUCAAUUUAUGGGUAAUAAUGGAAAUAUUUUGAUUCCAUUGUGGGGGAGGUUGAAAGAAGUCUGAAUUUUUGUUCUUUGUAAAAUCUCUGGAAAUUUUAGCAAGACUAAGAAACUUCUUGCAGGUUUUGCAACCUGCUCUGUUUUAACCAGGGACUGCAUUCAUGGGUGCACUCUGUUGCUGUCUGUGUCCAGAGGACUUUGAAGAAUAUGCCUACUCAAGCAAUCCCAUAUAUCAGCACUGCUUAUGCCUAAGAUAUUUCUUUCAUCAGCUAUUGAAUGGGUGUGGUGAAACAUUUCAAAGGCUUGAUGGGCGUUUAUCUGCCCAAAUUCAGACAACUUCAUUAGCAUCUUCGGCACCAGGAAUUGUUUCUGAUAGUUCAUUAUCAGAGACAUCUCACCUUGUUCCUAGACCACCACCUUAUGAAAUAGAUCCUAGAUAUUCUCUGUCACAACAUGAGGGAUUGGUCUUGAGACGUGAGAAGUCUAUGAGCCACAUCCUUGAAGAUUUGCACACACUUAGAAGAAAUGGUAGCAGUUCUGCUGUUGAAACCUUGGGAAGUGUUAUAAAACGAAAUAUUACAGAAUCUGUUGAAGGAUGCAAGUCAUGCAACAUGGCCCACAUCGAAUCAGAGAAAAAUCUGUCGACAAAAGCAUCUGGCACACGUUUGCUUGUUACAUCUUCAGAAGAUGAAGAUGUCUGCCCUACAUGUCUGGACGAAUAUACUCCAGAAAAUCCCAAAAUUGUGGCAAGGUGUUCUCAUCAUUUUCAUCUCGGCUGUAUAUAUGAAUGGAUGGAAAGAAGUGACACUUGUCCAGUUUGUGGAAAGGAGAUGGAAUUCUAUGAGAGCCCACAAUGAAGACCUGGAGAGCAGUAAUAUUGGUUCAGAUUUCAGACUUCAACAAACUAGCAGUAAUCUGUGAUCUAAUAUGUUGAGAUUGUUGCAGUUUUUUCCCAUAUGAAUGUAGUGCAAAUUCAUCAUUUAUGAUCAUCAUAUCAAAGUCAUGAAAUCUCGAACAACUAACACCACACCCUACCUCUGUUCCACUUUGGAAAAAUAUAUUUAUAAUCUCGAUCUGUACAGUCUGUAGCUUC